GAUUUGUUACGGUUUGUGGGCUUCAACUGUUAUUUUUUUCCUCCUUUGUAUAAAAAACAAAGUGCAAGAGAGAUGAGAUGGAGAGAGAUCUGAGGGAGAAUUAGGGUUUGGCUAGAUAUGGAGGAGGAGGAGGUGAAAGUGGUAAGUGAAUUCGGGAAGCUUGAUAUUGCAAGAGCAAAGGCUGCAAGGGAAAGAAAGGAAUUGAAGAGAAAGAAAAAGUUAAUAAGGGCUUCGCAGGCCUAUGUAUGCAAAUCCUCUUCCUCAUGUUUUUUUUUUUUAUCUCUUUGGUUUUCUUGUCGUCUAAGGGAUACUAGUCUACUCUCAAGGAUUUGGAUUUUGAUUUUCCAGGGUUUUGAUUUUGGAGCCUCUUACCCUAGGUUUAGAAUAACUGAGUCUCCAAUGCCCUUUGAUUAUCAUAUCAUCCUUUAUGCUAGUCUUGGACUCCACUGCUACAAUUUUCACAAGGGAACAAACUUAAAGUUUGUGCACUGGGUAAAGUUUACUACCAUGUGCACUUCUUACUGUGACUUCUACAUAACUUUGGAGGCAAUGGAUCCGGCCUGCAACUCUGUCAUCUCUUUUCAGACUUUGUACAGUAGGAUUGGACGUUCGGUGGAAGGUGUCUGUAUUUGGCAGAUCUUGGCCUGCAGACCCACAUGUAACAAGGCUGUGAAUGAUAACCGGGAUGAGACAAUGGAUCAAUACUACCCAGCGGAAAUGCCUCAAUGGUUGUCUGAUGAGGCCUUGACUAGUGACAACAAAAAGUAUUACGUGGUGAAAGAAUCAGAGCUCCAUGAGAAUGACUGGCUGCAUCUAUUCAUGGAAAUCGCAUUCUUCGAAGCAAGUCCUGUAACUCAAUUGGUGGCUUAUCCAACCCUGGAGAUCGACAAGGUAGUUGUAGAAACUAAAGAAGAUUACACAACUGAGGCGCGUGAGAAGCUCCACGCAGAGAAUGCAAUAUUCUACAUAAGUUACAAGUAUAAAGGUGAUUCUUCAACUGGGUUCUCUGCUGAUAAGAGAGCUAUCAUAAGGAAAACCAUGGAUGGGGUACCAGAACACAUGACUCUUGAAUUUACUUCUCGGUGCGGGUGAUCACAAAGCUACGGUAAGUAAAGAACAAGAAGAAGAAUAGACAGACACCUCACGUAUGGAGCUGCUGGAUCAAAACCGAAAAAGAUGAUAAAAAUAGGGUUUAACACCACAAGUGUGGUCCGGAUCAAAACCAGAUAUGAUAAAAAUAGAUUUUGAUACCACAAGCGUGGUCCAUAUUAAAACUAAGAUACAUAGUGGAUGAAGGUUGCUAUUGAUACCACAAAGUGGUCCAAAUCAAAAGCGAGAUCCCAAUCAAGAGCUUAUAAGAGCAAUAAACUUUAAACAUUUUUCUCCAUAUAUUUCAUCAUAAGAUGUUAUGAGUAUUUAUACAUAUUAAGGGUGAGCUUCCUUAUGUCUAUGUAGAUUCUUGGGAUUAUUGAUUAAAGUUCCCCUUGAUUA